AUCUUCAAUGGCAGGAGAAAGAGCGACCAGAAGACCGAGAUGAAUUUUAACACUAUCCUAGAAGAGAUUCUUAUUAAAAGGUCCCAGCAGAAAAAGAAGACAUCACCACUAAACUACAAAGAAAGACUUUUUGUUCUUACCAAAUCUGUGCUAACCUACUAUGAGGGUCGAGCGGAGAAAAAAUACAGAAAGGGAUUCAUUGAUAUUUCAAAAAUCAAGUGUGUGGAAAUAGUGAAGAAUGAUGAUGGUGUCAUUCCCUGUCAAAAUAAAUAUCCAUUCCAGGUUGUUCAUGAUGCUAACACACUUUAUAUUUUUGCACCUAGUCCACAAAGCAGGGACCGAUGGGUGAAGAAGUUAAAAGAAGAAAUAAAGAACAACAAUAACAUUAUGAUUAAAUAUCAUCCUAAAUUUUGGGCAGACGGAAGUUACCAAUGUUGCAGACAAACAGAAAAACUAGCACCCGGAUGUGAAAAAUACAAUCUUUUUGAGAGUAGUAAGUGUUCAUCUGAUUCUGUAGUUGUGAUGAGCGAAGGAUAUAUCCCAAGUAAUUAUGUCACAGGAAAGAAAUCAAACAACUUGGAUCAAUAUGAAUGGUAUUGCAGAAAUACCAACAGAAGCAAAGCCGAGCAACUCCUCAGGACAGAAGAUAAAGAAGGUGGUUUUAUGGUGAGAGACUCCAGUCAACCAGGCUUGUACACAGUCUCCCUUUACACAAAGUUUGGGGGAGAAGGUUCAUCAGGUUUCAGGCAUUAUCACAUAAAGGAAACAGCAACAUCUCCAAAGAAGUAUUACCUAGCGGAAAAGCAUGCUUUUGGGUCAAUUCCUGAGAUCAUUGAAUAUCAUAAGCACAAUGCAGCAGGGCUUGUCACCAGGCUGCGGUACCCGGUUAGCACCAAGGGGAAGAAUGCACCAACUACUGCAGGCUUCAGCUAUGAGAAGUGGGAGAUCAACCCAUCAGAGCUGACUUUUAUGAGGGAGUUGGGGAGUGGACUGUUUGGAGUGGUGAGGCUUGGCAAGUGGCGAGCACAGUACAAAGUAGCCAUCAAAGCUAUUCGGGAAGGUGCCAUGUGUGAGGAGGAUUUUAUAGAGGAAGCUAAAGUCAUGAUGAAGCUAACGCACCCCAAGCUGGUGCAGCUCUAUGGUGUAUGCACCCAGCAGAAACCCAUCUACAUCGUUACUGAGUUCAUGGAACGGGGUUGCCUUCUGAAUUUCCUCCGACAGAGACAAGGCCAUUUCAGUAGAGACAUGCUGCUGAGCAUGUGUCAGGAUGUGUGCGAAGGGAUGGAGUACCUGGAGAGAAACAGCUUCAUCCACAGAGACCUGGCUGCCAGAAAUUGUCUAGUGAAUGAAGCAGGAGUUGUGAAGGUAUCUGAUUUUGGAAUGGCCAGGUAUGUUCUGGAUGAUCAGUACACAAGUUCCUCUGGUGCCAAGUUCCCCGUGAAGUGGUGUCCCCCGGAAGUGUUUAAUUACAGUCGCUUUAGCAGCAAGUCAGACGUCUGGUCAUUUGGUGUUCUAAUGUGGGAAGUAUUCACAGAAGGCAGGAUGCCCUUUGAGAAGAACACCAAUUAUGAAGUGGUAACCAUGGUUACUCGCGGCCACCGACUCCACCGGCCAAAGUUGGCAUCCAAAUAUUUGUAUGAGGUGAUGCUGAGGUGUUGGCAGGAGAAACCAGAGGGAAGGCCUUCGUUUGAAGAUUUGCUGCGUACGAUAGAUGAACUGGUUGAAUGUGAAGAAACUUUUGGAAGAUAAAUGGUGGCUCUGGUUUCCAAGGCAAGACGAAGAAAUAGCACGCUGUGGGGAACAUAAUUAAGUUGGCACCGGGGAGUACAGAGGGCUCUCCUUACAAUGUGGGAACUCCAAAGCCUUUGUUUCUGGUCCAGCCUCAGCUCUGUGACUGUUUGGUAGGGUGCAGAGAUGGUGUCUUAGAGAGCAUGGCUUGAAGCAUUCACUAGCUCAUUCCUUCAAGAGCUCCCGUGCCAACAGUGGAGCAUCCAUCGAACCCAGGCCUCAGGGUUUGCCCAUUUUGGAGAUGAACAUGGGGCUGUGUUAGCUGGUGCUAAUAGAAAAGCCAAGAUGUUUGGGAGGGGGAAGAGCCAUGUCCCAGAAACUCUUCUAUGCCCUUUGGCUUCUACAUAAACCUGGGCCUGGAGUGUGGUCUAUAACCGAGUUCUAGGUAAAACAGGAACCCACCCAAAUAAGUAGUAAUCCUCUGUUUUCAAAACAUCUCUUU